AUGAUGGGCGUCCCCUGGGAAGGAGCGCUGGCCGGUUUAUGCCUCCUGAGAUUCGCCGCGGCUUUCAUCACUCAGCCGGAUUUUGCUCCAGAAAGGUUUUACGGAACCUGGUACACGGUGGGAACGGCGCUGGACAGCGGCUACGUCACCAACGAGCACCUCUAUCGCGUGACCGUGGAGGCCGGAGAGAAGGGCAGUCUUAUUUUCCGCUCACCUGUCGCCGAGCAAAACUGCAAGAUGGCGGAUGUCAAAUUGACCCUCACUGAGAAGGUCGGGAAAUACCAACGGAUUGUAUCAGGAAAGCCGACAACCUUCACCGUGGUAGAGACCGAUUACAUCAGUUUCGCCAUCAUGGGCACGGAGAGCAAAGACCUACGGGUCCUACAUCUUUACACCCGGGCUCCAGAGAUCCCAAAGGACAUCAGAGAAAAAUUCAAAGAGCUGGUCCGAUGCGCGCAAUUUCCUACCGACAGCGUUAUGUUUCACAACACUGAGGGUGAGUGCCCACUGAAUUAGAAGUAGCAGAGGGUUCCAACAUUUGGAAAUACGUUUCUGGUUCUGGAAAAUAACAAGGAGAAAC